AUGGCAGAUAGACGUCUUUGUCUAGCACCACCAUUCCCACCUGCACCAGUACCUGAGUCUAUGCUCUUCCGCCAUCGCCAACUAGCUCCAGCAGCCAAUGUGCGAGUUUCUCCAAUCUACUUGGGAGCCAUGAACUUUGGUGAUGCAGAUAAAGCACGUUUGGGAGAGUGGGACAAGGAAUUUUUUUUUGGAAAUACUCGAUACUUUCAGGGGUCUAGGUGGCAACCUCAUUGA